GCAAAACAACCGAGAGAGUGAGAGAGAUCUGUGUAUCAAUGUGACAGUGUGGCGGUGUUUUGAGACUCUUACCAGUAGCUGAACUUUGACACUGAAAAGAAACAGAUCGUGUAGACUCAUCGAGGACGUUAGACUAUGAACAGAUGGCUAAAUCUACACGUCAUUAAUCCAAAUCGGAAAACACGCUAAAAUCUGUAGAGAUAUUAAUCGUCAAGGUUAUGCAACAUCUUUAUUACUAUUAUAACCACCAAAUGCAGUAAGGUAAAAAUGAGGCUUCCUUUAGCAUUGAUUGCAAAUGUAAGACUGCUUAAUUCUGGCUUAAGAAUCAGGCAUUCGAUUCAUAAUGGUGUUCUAAAAACGUCAUUGCUGUCCAGUCAUAAUAUAUGCAGCAGAGCGGAGAGAAAGUGGAUAAAACCCGCGGGGUUUGACACCGGUGUGAAGACUUACAACAGUCUCACCAAGCAGAAAGAACCUCUGGUUUUGGCACAAGAAAGAAUUGCUACCUGGUAUAGCUGUGGACCUACUGUUUAUGAUCAUGCCCAUCUCGGUCAUGCGUGCUCAUAUGUCAGAUUUGACAUUCUGCAAAGGAUCUUAUCCAGAAUUUUUGAAAUUAAUGUCAUCCACGUCAUGGUCAUCACUGACAUUGAUGAUAAAAUAAUACAAAGAAGCCUUGAGCAGAACAUCUCGCCCACUGUCCUAGCAAGAAUGCAUGAGGAAGAGUUUAAGAGGGACAUGCAAGCACUGCGGGUUCUUCCUCCAGCUGUAUACAUGAGGGUGACAGACAACAUACCCCAGAUUGUAGCUUUUAUAAAGCGUAUUAUCGGAAAUGGACAUGCCUAUGUCACAAGUCAAGGCAAUGUCUACUUUGACACUCAGUCAAUUGGUAACCGCUAUGGCAAGCUUGUGAACCUCGGAGGGAUUGUUGGGGAGCUGGGGGCUCAGGAUAAAAGAGAUCCAAGGGAUUUUGCUCUGUGGAAAGCAUCCAAACCACAUGAACCUCAUUGGGAAUCACCUUGGGGACAAGGAAGACCUGGGUGGCACAUUGAAUGUUCUACAAUUGCUAGUUCAGUGUUUGGAAGUCAGUUGGACAUCCACUCUGGAGGAAUUGACCUUGCCUUCCCACAUCAUGAGAAUGAGAUUGCCCAGUCUGAGGCGUAUCAUCAGUGUGAACAAUGGGGGAACUACUUCCUGCACUCCGGGCACCUUCAUUUGAAAGGAAGCGUAGAGAAGAUGUCAAAAUCCUUGAAGAAUUAUGUAACUAUAAAGGAUUUUCUGAAAUCUUACACUGCUAAUGAAUUUCGACUUUUCUGCCUUCUGACCAGAUACAGAUCAGCAAUCGACUAUAGUGAUGCAAGCAUGAAUGAAGCCCGAUCUACCCUGUCCACCAUCUCUGCCUUCUGCCACAAUGCACAGGCCUACAUGCAGGGCCACUUACAGUGCCAGCCUACAGAGGAGGGAAUUCUCUGGGAGAGGUUGUCUGCUACACAGUCCAGUGUUCGGAAAGCACUCGCUGAUGAUUUUGACACCCCAAAAACUGUGGAUGCCAUUAUGAGCCUCAUUCACCAUGGCAACUGUCAGCUUCAGCCUGCUACUAAGGUUGAUGGGCAGAGGAGUGCUGCUGUAUUUGGAGCCAUGCUGUCCUAUGUCAGGGAAAUCAUGGGUGUUUUUGGAGUUGAUCUGUUGGACAGAAAGGAAGUCCAUGAUUCCUCUGGAGUUUUAAAUAAUGUGGUAGAGGAAUUGGUGCAUUUUCGGAGUAAGGUUCGUAAAUUUGCUCUUUCUGUGGAAGAUCAAGCUCCACAAGAUCCCCACACUGGCUCUGAAAUUCAGAAAAGGCAUCCAGAGCCAGACAGAGUGCCCUUGCUGAAGGACUGUGAUGCCUUAAGGAAUAAUCUAGCACCCCUUGGAGUCCACAUUAAGGAUAGAGGCACAAACUCCACAUGGGAAAUAACAAGAAGAGGAGAGACAAGGAAGGAUUAACCACUUUCUGAAUUGGGACCAAACUUUAUCUAUUAGAACACAAACUGUUUGUAGCAUCUCAGUGGUGACUCUUUGUAAAGCUUUUCUUCUCUUCAAAGAAAUUAGUUUUGCUGAAAAGCCUUGCAAAAAAAUUAGUUCUGUAAUGCAACUAAAGCUGUAACACCACUAGUAAUCGUAACCACAUCUUGUGUCUGAUGAUAAUGAUUGUAAUUGUUAAUAAAACAACUCUGUUCUUAGUUUAACACUUAGUUUAACAACUUUUUGUAUGAUAUUUGUCUCAGUAAUGGACAUUGGGACAAACUAAAGGACAUUUCUCAACCAUUCUGAUAGAGAAAUUACUUUUAAGUCAAGUUUUUAAGUCAAGGAUCGUGAUUGACCUUCACUGUCUGAUGAUGAUCAUAAUGGAAUAUGGUAUGCUAACCAUAGCAAUGUUACGAGUUGGAGCAAAGUUAUACAUAUUAUUUGAUGUUUGUUUGCUUGAAAACUUGUGCGCAGUGUCUGUUUCUGUUCACAACAUGAUUUAUGUUUUUUCUGGGAAGAUUUGUCCUUUGACAAUCUGAAUACAUUAUGAAGAGGCUCCCUAAAGACCUCUGUCAUAUGUUUCCUCUUUAAAUGGGGAAGAAUAUAGAUAAAAUAUAAGUAUAAAAAAAAAAGACUGUCAUAAUAUUUAUUAUAAAUUGGUGCAAAUUAGAUGUUGUAAUGUAACAUUACUAAAUAAAACAGACAUAAAUAGAAU